AUGGGCCAACUCGAGGAGGCUUCGGACGCUGAUGUGCACGGUACUCUAGAGGCUCAGAUAUCCUCGCCCGACGAUACUUCCGAGAAAUCACGAGGGGUGAAUGCAGACAAACCAAACCCCGGGGACACCUGGGACUGGGACAGUGAUCCAAGCAACCCCUACAACUGGUCGUUGGAACAAAAGACUCAGCAAGUGAUGGUGAUUGGGUGGGCUGCUUUCACAACGUCUGUUGGAGUGUCUAUACUGAGCCCAGCUCACUCCGCGUUUAUGGAAGAAUUCGGAGUUAGCAGCACUGUCGCCAUCCUGCCCUUGUCGCUCUACGUGUUUGCGCUCGCACUCGGCCCCGUCGCCGGAGGACCACUUUCUGAAACCGUGGGGAGAUAUCCAGUUUACCUUGGGUGCAUGGUUUUCGGCACUUUGUUCACUCUGGGGGUCGGAUUUGCUCCUACAUUCUCUGGCCUAUGCAUUCUACGUUUCUUAGCUGGUCUUUGCUACGCUCCGACUCUGUCAAUUGCAGCUGGGACACUCAAUGAAACGUUCCAACCAGUCCAUCGUGCUCUCCCGUCGGCUAUUUUUAUUCUAACGCCUUUCUUAGGCCCGGGAUUAGGCCCUGUCAUUGGCAGCUUUGUUGUCAAUCGGAAAGGUUGGCGUUGGACACAGUGGACACAAGUGUUUAUGGCCAUCUUCACCUUGAUUCAGAUCGCGCUCUCUAGAGAGACUUUUCACCCUGUCAUAAAGCGUCGUCGCGCCAAAGAACUCGGCAUCAAACUUCCUCCUUCGCCACCGAUAUCUUCACAAAUACGACUUUUCGUAACUAUAUCCCUGCUGCGCCCUCUCCACAUGCUCAUUGUUGAACCUAUCGUUGGCUUCAUCUGCCUCUAUAUCGCAUGUGAAUUUGCAACACUCUUCUCAUUCUUUGCUGCGGUCCCAUUAAUCUUUAGCGGAGUCUAUAAUUUCGACCCUGAGAGCUCAGGUCUCGUCUUCUUGGCCAUCGUUGUCGGGUGUCUACUGGGGACCGUGACUGUCCUUAUCUGCAACAUCUUCCUCUACCUUCCCAAAGUUGCGAAACAUCCAGGCUCCCAGGUUCCGCCCGAGCAUCGUCUCUACCCAGCACUGAUAGGAAGCAUUGGACUGCCCAUCGGUUUGUUCUGGUUCGCAUGGACCGCUAGAGCCGAUAUCUCCUGGGCAAGUCCAGUGGUGGCGAUUAUGGUAUUUGCGUGGGGAAACCUAUGCGUGUUCGUGAGCACAACGCAGUACAUCACCGAUGUCUAUCAGGGUCUUACUGUUGCAAGUGCCAUGAGUGCGAAUGGCCUGGCGCGUUAUGGGCUUGGAGCCGCGUUCCCUCUUUUUACCAUCCCAAUGUAUACCAAACUCGGCAUCGGGUGGGCGUCCAGCGUGCUUGGAUUCAUCGCCGUUGCACUUUUGCCUGUCCCUUGGGUCUUCUUUAAGAUGGGAAAGAGACUCAGGGCUAUGAGCAAAUACGAAACCGUGGAGAUUUAA